ACCUGCGCGCAACAGAGCCACGGCACAGGACGCCGAAUACUCAGCUGCAAGACAUGGCGAGGUUAAGCGAGCAUGGGAUUCGCCUGAGUUCCAUGAGUCCUUCCUUCCUCAACAGCAACUCCACAAGUCACACUUGGCCGUUCAGCGCUGUGGCAGAGUUAAUAGAUAAUGCAUCCGAUCCUGGUGUGUCUGCGAAACAGAUCUGGAUAGAUGCAGUGAAUGAAGCUGAUCACCUCUGCAUCACCUUCACUGAUAAUGGCAGCGGCAUGACCCCCAACAAACUGCACAAGAUGCUCAGCUUUGGUUUCACAGAAAAGGGCUCAGGUAAAGCCAGUCUGCAGGCCAUCGGCGUGUACGGUAACGGCUUCAAGUCUGGUUCGAUGCGUCUGGGUCGUGAUGCCCUAAUCUUCACCAAAAACGGUGGCUGUCAGACUGUGGGAAUGCUGUCUCAGACCUACCUGGAAAACAUCAAAGCCCAGGCUGUCAUCGUCCCCAUCGUCCCCUUCAACCAACUAACCAAGUCGCUGGUUGUAACUGAGGAUUCGGAGGCCAGCCUGGCAGCCAUCCUCCAGCACUCCAUCGUCAACUCCCUGGAACAGAUACAGAAACACUUUGACUCAAUUCUCUCCAAAAAAGGCACCAAGAUAUUAAUCUGGAACAUCCGCAGAGCCAAAGAUGGUAAGACGGAGAUCGACUUUGAGACUGAUCCGAGUGACUUUCGUUUGCCUGAGAUUCAGAUUGAAGAACUGAAGAAGGGCCCGAGGAACAGCGGAUCAUUGAGACCUGAGCACAACAUCCCAGACAUGCAUUACAGUCUCAGGGCCUAUCUGAGCAUCUUGUACCUGAAGCCGAGGACACAAGUGAUACUGAGGGGGAGGAAGAUUCUGACCAAGCUGGUGUCAAAGAGGCUGAUACACAUCGAGCACGACGUGUACAAACCUCACUUCAGUAAAGAGAAGGUGAAGGUGACCUUCGGGCUGAACCCCAAAAACAAGGACCACUACGGCAUCAUGAUGUACCACAAGAAUCGGCUCAUCAAAGCGUAUGAGAAAGUCGGCUGCCAGCUUAAGGCUUCGGGUCAAAGAGCAGGAAUCGGGGUCAUCGGCAUCAUCGAGUGCAACUUUCUCAAACCUGCUCAUAACAAGCAAGACUUUGAAUACACCAAAGAAUACAGACUUACCCUCGGAGCUUUGGGACUAAAACUCAACGACUACUGGAAAGAGGUGACGGAGAAGAAGGCCAGAGAGCGAGAGUUUCAGGCUGUAGACAGAGAUGAAAACAGCGCUGAUGAGGGUCCCAUGUGGUUACAGUGUGAAGAGUGUCUGAAGUGGAGAAGCGUCCCUGCGAGUCAUUAUGAUGUCACUCCUGAAAACUGGAACUGCAGCCAGAAUCCCAACCCACGUUACAGAAGCUGCUCUUCACCAGAGGAAGCAGAGGACAGCGAGGAGCUGUUAACACCCAGCUACCAGAAGAACCACAAGAAACUAGAGCACCCCAAAAGCAGAAAACGAGAAAAGUCAUUAGAGGUUUGUCAGUUCCAGGAACCAGCAGCUAAACAUCAAAGCCUCUCACGCAGCUCAUCAGAACCAGUCCAGCCCACCUUCCAGGACACACACACACCUGAGCAUGCAACCACCGUGCUUCGGCGUCAUACAGAUGAUACGACACUUAAGCAUGCUGAGACAAACACAGAUCGCCUCACAGAUCAUCGCCGAGACACACUCACAAAUGAUGCACAGACACAGUCGGUCACGUACAUGGAAGAGAAACCUGCUGGAAGUUACACAGGCAUUAAAGACAAGAAUGAAACCAACGUGGGAGAGACGCUUGUGGAAAAUGAAACAAACGCUCAGAAGCUUGGAGAUGAAGAAGAGUGUCACAAAAAGAAAAACGUGGAGGAGCACACGGACACUUUAAGCCACAAGAGGUCGUCAGAAUCAUUACCUUACUUUGUGAAGAAGAAGCGCUACCUUUGCGAGGACCAGCAGCCUGACUCAACAAAUCUACCAGAUGAGCUGCUUACAGGGAAACAAGCAAACAUAUUCAAGAUAGUGUCCACAGAAACUAACAGAAAGGACAGCGGAGGCCGAGCAGAGAAUUCAGACACACUGCAGCAAACCCCCAGCAGCCUCACCUGGACCCACUUGUCCGCCUCCACCCAGACUGUGGUGGUUUCCCCGCUGAGCCGAACAGAAGGUUCACACAGCAGGACGCUGCGUUCAGAAGCAGGCGAACGGGAAGCCAAAGUGCAGAGGCUGGCCGGGUUGGAGAAGGAGGUUCAUAGGCUGCGGAGCCUUCUGGGUCUGCAAAUCACAAAGACAAGUCAAUGCACAAUGACGUGUUCUGACAGCAGCUCAGAAGAGCCAAAACAAAAGGCGGUGAGAUCGUCAGCAUCCUCAGCAAGUACAGAGGUCGGCUGCCAAACAGACAUGGCUGAGUGCUCUACUUCCUCAUCCUCCGGUCCAGUUCAGGCUGCAGGACCCCAGGGGCUGCUGGUCCAGGCUCAGAAAGCUGUAUCAGAGCCAAAGGAUCAGUCCGAGCAGAACAAAGCCAAGAAGAAUGAGAGUCAGAGCAGAACGAAAGUCAGUGACAGCGAGGACUGUGAGGACAACAGAUCAGCACAGGAGAAUCUCCGCGACAUCCGCAACAACGUGGUGGUUCUUCUCACGGCCCUGCUGCCCCAACUAGACCUGGCCGGCAUCAGUAUGGAGACCACCGAUGUAGACAACAUCCUGCAGCAGAUCAUUGAGGUCAACUCACUAAAACUAUGAUCAGGACUCAUCUCAAGAGGAAGAUGUCUUUAGUGACUUGUUUUUUUUGUAAUUUUUUUAUACAAAGUUUGGUUUGAUACAACUAUGUGUAAGCUACAUAUACAGCAUGCUGUUGUAAUUAUCUUUAAAUGCUCCCUUGGAAGUCAGUGUCAUGUUUGAGUGAAAGGAUAUGACCUGGUCCAAAAAUAACUUCAAGAUUCCUCAUUGUAGUGCAGGAGACCAUCCAGAUGGUUGGUUGAUGUGUUUCAAAUGCAUCGAAGUCUUGAUAAGUGUGUUGUUCUGUUGUUUGUUUUACUUCUGUUUUAUUGAAAUAAACCACUUAUGUUUUCUAUCAUCAGUUCUAUCUAACUGAUGAAGUAGUUUGUUUACUUAUAACUAAUAAAGAAGAAUCCACAUGUUUGCAUUAAAAUACUGAAUCUACUUAUUGUUUACUGCCUCUUAGCUUUUAAACCAUGUGCUCUACAUCAGUGUGGUGCAGUACCUGUUUUCACCAAAAGGUGUCAGCAAAGCCUGCUAAAGAAAACGUGUUUCUCAUGUCCACAUUUUGACAAUACAGUCAUUCUCUGUAUAAUUGUGUGAAAACUAACUUGUAUUGUUUGUUUAGUGUAGUGUGUAUGUUAUUAUAUUGUAGUCCAUCAUUAACAGUGCACCACACGUUCUGGCAGGUUUGCUAGAGGCUAGAACUUCUCUGUUAUCUGACAACAUCUAUACAGCAGCAGAUAUGAAGCUAUUUGCUGCAUGCACUACUAAAGGUGACAAGACAUAUUCAUGUAGAAUUAAAGUUUAUUACGACAAGCAAUUUAAAGUACUGGUUUCUGAACUCCUUAUAGCCUAUUAAUAACAACAGUUGUGCAGUUCAGAAAAUGUGCAAACCAAUACUUCAAUACAUAGCAAAGUAAGCAAGUAAUGUCAAAGUAAACAAGCUGUUGAUAAAUGAACUGUAGUAGAGAUGCUCCAGCAAGGAUCAAGCUGUACACUGUAAAACAAACAAAAAAGUCUCUAAAAAGUUUAAAAACAUGGUGAAAAUCUGGCAGCUAUGACAAAAAAUACAUUAAAGUGUGGUGGAAUACUUCAAAUAUUGAAAACAUGUAAAAUGAAAACAUUUUUAAGCUAAUUUAAAUAUAGUAAAACUAAAGAACAAAUUGCUACUUGUAAAAAUAUUCACUUUUGAUAUUGACAUUGUUUACAGUUUUGAUCUGUUGUUUGCUGUUUUCUACAGUCAACAUUUAAAGUAAACCCUAAUUCUCAGAUUUUACUACAUAUUGUAUGUAACUUAAUAAAUUAGAGAAAUCUGUAAAAUAACACUUCACCAUUUUUCAAUCCUUGAUAAACAUUUUUUUUAAAUGCAAAUACAUGUAAAAAUUGUAUGUUCAACUGACCAAAACAGGGAACAUCUUCAGUUAAAAACUGUUAAAACCUCUUUACAAUGUUGUUUUUUUUAUUGAUUUAUUUUACAAUCAACGUGGAAAUGAAUACUUUUUCCCUUGCUUUUUCUAGGUAUUAUGUGUAAUUAAUGAUCAGGGAAAUUGGUUAAAUGAUAGUUCCUGAUAUAUAUGAUUCAAAUUUCAUAUAAAUCUGCAAAAUGGCAAAAGAUAGUUGAUAUGUGCAAUUGAACAAAUUAUCUGCAAACUACAAACUUCUUGAUCCAAAAAUGUAAGUUCAAAACAAUAUGUAACGUUUUCUUUUCAUUUUUAACAGUGUAGCAGGAUAAAUGUCAGAUGUUUUUCACAACCUGGCAACCUAAAAUACUGUUAACAAGUGGUUAUUUAGUCAAACUGUUCCAAAAGUUACAGCUAAAAAAUGUUUAAAAAAAUAAAUAAAUCCUAAAACUUU